CAGAGCCCGCCAGCCACGGUCUCCGGCGCUAGCUACGCCGCUGCCGCUGUCACUAUGGCCCACUACAAAGCCGCCAACUCAAAGCAUGAGCAAUUCCAGAGGUACUUGGAGAAGUCAGGAGUGCUGGACACGCUGACCAAGGGAUUGGUAGCCUUAUAUGAAGAACCAGAGAAACCUAAUGGUGCUUUGGAUUUUUUAAAGCAUCACUUAGGAGUUGCUACCCCAGAAAAUCCAGAAAUAGAGCUGCUUCGUCUAGAAUUGGCAGAAAUGAAAGAGAAAUAUGAAGCUAUUGUAGAAGAAAAUAAAAAACUGAAAGCAAAGCUUGCUCAGUAUGAACCUCCUCAGGAGAAGCGUGCUGAACAGGAUUCUUCUCAGUUGAAAAGACAAUGAAAAAUGUUUUGUAAAACUUGAAUAGUUUGUAUAGUAUAUAAUCUUUUCUGAACAGAUGCUAUAGAACUUUUAUAUAUAUAU